AUGGCGACACCGACAACCCAAACAUACACCUUCUCCCCGGUCACCUCCACCGACCGCGCCGGCACCGUCUGGGUCGCCUCGAUCCUCAGCCUCAUGUUCAGCGUCCUGACUCUCGCAACCCGCCUCCAAAUAAAAUACCACACCCUCGGCCUCGACGACCUCUUCAUCGCCGCCGCAACGCUCGUCGCCGUCGGCCAAUACAUUGCCAUCUACAUCGGCCUCGACGCCGGCGUCGGACGGAGCAGCACGCUCCUCACCGAAGAAUAUGCAGCACAUCUGGGCGUGAGUGUGUUGGUUAGUGAGGUGUUGUUUAUUGUGGCGGUCAUGUUGAGUAAAUUGAGCGUGGUGUUUUUCAUGAGGAGACUGGCCACGUAUCGGAGUUUGGCGUGGUGGUGCUGUGAUGUUGCGGUGGUGGGGACGGUGGUUUGGGGGGUUGGGAGCGCCGUUGGGGUUAGUGUGGGUUGUGGGAUGGGGAGGGUGUUGGUUGGGGAGAGGAGGUGUGAUGGGGAGCUCCUCCGCUGGUCCCUAACCCUAACCCUGUCCGCCACUCUCGAACUCCUCUACGUGCUCCUCUCCCUCCUCCUCGUCUCCCCCCUCCAAAUGCGCCUCCACAUCAAAACCACCGUCGUCCUCGCCUUCUCCUUCCGCCUCCUCUGCGCCGUCCUCGCCGCCCUGCACACCCUCUGGAUCGCCAAAUACGUCUCCUCGCCGGACCCCGGCCUCGCCAUCGCAGACGUGCUCGUCUGGCAGCAGGUCGGCCUGGGGUAUUCAUUGAUCGCGACGACGAUCCCCACGUUGAAGAAUUUCGUCCGUGGGUAUAAUCGCGCCAUGGGCUGGGAGCCUUCUUCGUCCGGGGAGAAGAAGAGGGGGUUGUUUGUGGGUGGGGGGUAUAACCUGGGUUCGUUGGUGCGGUCGGAUCGAUCGAGGUCUCAGCCGGACUCGGGGGGUUCUGGACAACGGCGAGGAAUUUCGCGAUCUGGCGGUGGUAGGUCGAGGCCUUCGGAGGGGGAGUUACAACUCGGUCCCGCGGCGGGUGAUUAUCGCGUGGGUGCUUUUCAUGAUUCUACUACGGGUAGUGGUGGUGGGCGAGGGAAGGGAAAAGAGAGGAGGGAUUCGGGAGAUAGUGCGGAUCCGAUUAUUCGGAGGCAGAUUUCGGUUACGGUGGAGACUGAGAGGGCUUCUUCGUUUAGGCAGGAGAGUCUUGGUGCGGUAUGA